AUGUUAACCCUCAGAAACAAGAUAAAGAACCUUGAUGCAAAUGUGAUGCUGAAAAUGCAUGAAUGGGUUUGGAAGAAGAAGGGAUCCACAGAAAUGAUCAAGUCUUAUCUGAAGGCCAUCAACACCAUCAUGAAGUCCCUUACUGCCAAGGAGAUACAGGAGGCUGAGGCAUUGGCCAAAGAAUGGAAUGAGUGGCAGCCACCUCAGGAUGUUCAGUCAGAAACCACAGAGAAGAAAGGCCAUAAAUAUGCUGAGGAAUUUGCUAAGGAAAUGUGGAAGUGGUGUGGUGCCAGGGUGGUAGUGAUGGUGGCAUGGGAAGAUGCUGAUGGAGAGAUUUUGACCAACUCAUCCAGACAUGAUUUCAACGAUGAAUUGGGUAAUGGCAAAUUAUUUGAGGAGUUGGAUGAGUGCCAGGAUAAAUUUGUAAAGUAUGUACAAACAACAUUUGUGAAUGGUGGCACCAAUGCUGAGUCACCAGAUGCCACUCCAUGGUCAAGGCAGAGGAAGAGCAAUGGGAAACCUAAAACCAUCCUGCCAGUCAGCAAAAACAGCACACCAUACAUCCCAAACAUAUUGGACAUGCAGGCACCGAAGUUGAAGGAUAUCAUGCGGACAUUUGUGACAUUUCACUAUUGGAAGGCCUGCAGGAAUUCACAGGCAACUGUUACAUGGAGUGUGAUAACGACCAACACUGCACUUUAUAUUGCACCACAGUUUCUGCCACCUGAGGUUCCCUUCAAAGAGCUGAGUCGACUCACCCAGGAUGAGUUGACAGUGAUCUUAGAAUGGUGGCAAGAGAGAAAGGAAUGGCAUCCCAACAAUAUAUUCAGCUUCAAGAAGUGGAGAGAUGCUGGAGGCAGUGGAGCAAGGAUGUGUGCAAAGCAGGAUUUGGAUGGGAGACCAGAACACUUGGCAGGCAAAAGGAUGAUGGAUAAAAUGAUGUGGGGUAGGAGGAAGCUGCAAUGGCAAACAGCAUUGCCAUCAAACAGAAAUGACAGUACAGGCACACACAUGGUGGAUGAAGAUGCUGCAGAGGCAGUACCAUUGCUGGAUUCCCAGCAGUGGAUUGCCAGAUGCCAAGUGGCUGAGGGUAACACCUGCCAGCCAAUUGCCAUUGGCAAGGAACCAUCAAAUGCCUUGCAGCAGGUUGAGGGUGGCAUCACAAGCCCUGUGCAACCUGUGCCUGAUGCCUGCUGCAUUGAUUUUCCUGAUUCAGUCUACCCUGGCAGAUCAUUUGGCAGUGCCAACAACUAUCAGGAGAGACCAUAA